ACGAGGAGCACGGGCCUCCAAGGAGGCCCUCGAGGAACUACAUUUCCCAUGAAGCUCUGGGAGCAGAGAGACCGCGAGUUCUUCCGGGAAGGGCAUACGUGCCAGAAGCCUGGUCCGGUACCGCGAGGAUGGCGGUUCAGCAAGUAUUCCCACUUUCCUGUGCGGUGCAGCACUAUGCCUGGGGGAAGAUGGGUUCCAACAGUGAAGUGGCUCGGCUGCUGGCCAGUAGUGACCCACAGGCCCGGAUCUCAGAGGACAAGCCAUAUGCAGAGUUUCCUGUUUCUCCAGUUGUGGAUGGGGUCCCACCCCCGGGGAGAUGCCAAGAUCCUGGACAAUCGCAUCUCACAGAAGACCCUAGGCCAGUGGAUCUCUGAGAAUCAGGACUGCUUGGGCUCAAAGGUCAAGGACACCUUUAAUGGCAAGCUGCCAUUCCUCUUCAAAGUGCUCUCAGUUGAAACGGCCCUAUCCAUCCAGGCACACCCUGACAAGGAGCUGGCAGAGAAACUGCACCUCCAGGCUCCGCAGCACUACCCUGAUGCCAACCAUAAGCCAGAGAUGGCCAUUGCCCUCACCUCCUUCCAGGGUUUAUGUGGUUUCCGGCCCAUUGAGGAAAUUGUGAUGUUUCUGACAAAGGUGCCUGAGCUCCGGUUUCUCAUUGGGGAUAAUGCAGCAGCACAGCUGAAAGGAAGCAUGAGCAGCGACUCCCAGGCGGCGGCCUCUGCGCUGCAGAGCUGUUUCUCCCACCUGAUGAGGAGUGAGAAGAACGUGGUGGUGGAGCAGCUCAGCCUGCUGGUGAAGCGGAUCUCCCAGCAAGCGGCUGCUGGAAACAACAUGGAAGACAUCUGUGGGGAGCUCUUACUACAGCUGCACCAGCAGUAUCCAGGGGAUAUUGGAUGCUUUGCCAUCUACUUCCUGAACCUGCUUACCCUAAAGCCGGGAGAGGCCAUGUUUCUGGAGGCUAAUGUGCCCCAUGCCUACCUGAAAGGAGACUGUGUGGAGUGCAUGGCGUGUUCAGACAACACCGUUCGUGCUGGCCUGACACCCAAGUUCAUUGAUGUGCCAACCCUGUGUGAAAUGCUCAGCUAUAUUCCCAGCAAGGACAGGCUCUUUCUUCCAACACGGAGUCAGGAAGACCCCUACCUCUCUGUCUAUGACCCCCCUGUGCCAGACUUCACGGUCAUGAAGAUGGAGGUCCCUGGCUCCAACACUGAAUACAAGGUCUUGGCCGUGGACUCUGCCAGCAUCCUACUGGUGGUUCAGGGGAGAGUGACAGCCAGCAGUCCUACAGCCCAGAAGCCAAUCCCCCUGCAGCGUGGUGGGGUGCUUUUCAUUGGGGCCAAUGAGAGUGUCUCACUGAAGCUCACCGUGCCCGAAGACCUACUGAUGUUCCGUGCCUGCUGCCUGCUGUAGACACCACAGCCUUCGUGGCUCUUCUCUGACAGUCACCCCAAAUCCUGGCCAGCCUCUCUUCAGGUCCAGCUCCAGCCCCAUCCCUGCUCUGCAUGAGCGGGGGUAGAGUAGUGAGCUUGAAGCUAGUGACUCCGGAGCAAGCCUCAGACAAACCAUCUUUCUCCUGGGAGAGGACCCUGGUGAGGACUAAGACCUGAUACUCCCCUCAUGUUCUCACCAUACCUGAGCCAGGCUCUGUUCCAGCCGAUAGCAUUAGGCAGGCUGGUAAAAAUCUAUGAUUAGCUCAGCAUCACUCACAGCAAGAGGGGAGGUAAUUAAUUUCUAAGAACAGGGUUCUGGCCCUGGGACUGCCCAUUUCCUCAGCUGCAAAGGCGGGGAGAGUAGGCCUGUGGACUGGUAUUACUCAUUGUCACCCUCUGGCUCUGUCAAAGCAAUUAAAGACCACUCGUGUUGAGGCUGUGAGGUAGAGCAGUCAGCCUUCAGCGCUCCAGUCCUUGAAGUGGGCUGAUCGAGCCCUUCCCGGAUGUCCAGUGUUUGCUUUACUGCCUGCUUCCAGCAGCUCCCCGAGGUGGGUAUGUAUGGAGCCUUCUUACAGGAAUGUGUGGGUGGGGCAGCCAGCUUCAGCUUUAGACGCGGAGCUUGCAGGCCAACCUCAGAUCCUGCAGAUGGGGAAGGUGAAUCUCAGAUAGGUAGUCAGUGCAGGAUUCUUGAAUGUUUUCAGUCGGCCUCAGGGCAGGGCUCAGCACCCGAAGGCCAGCAGGCUGGAUCUGGCCACACCCAUCAUUUACAAUCCGUCUAGCUGCUUUCAGGCUACAGUGGCAAAAUGGAAUAGAUGCACAGACUGCAUGGCCCACAAAGCCCAGAGUGUUGACCGGCCCUUCACAGAGAAAGUCUGUCAGCCACUUCUUAGAACACGUUCAGUCGUACAUACAGGGAUUGGGGGACAGGACGAUCCAAUUCGUGUUGUGAAGAGAAACCUAGCUUUCUCUAACUGGCAGAAAGUAUGGCGGACAUCUACUCCCCUGUGCCUACCCUCCACAGGUGGGACACCUCUGCAGGAGGUGGCACCGCUGUCUGAGAUCCCGUCACCCCAGACUAAGCAGAGCCCCAGGCCGUUCACUCCCUCCUGUGGAGUAAGGGUUUAGACUGGCACAAAAAGGUCUUUCUGGGCUGCUGCCCAUACCAGACCACCUGCACAAGGGAAAUCCAGGAAACCACUUCAAAAAAAUUCUGGCCAAUCUGUUCUGGGGGUUUUUGGCCUCCACAUUUUCUUCAGCUAAAACGAAAGAUGACCUGGCAAAAGAAAAGGUCUGCCAAAAGGUAGGCCAUCUGAAGAGAAGUGCUGUGCAAAGGCCUGCUCGCUCCAAUGACGCAGCCUGAAGAUGAUGCCCACUGGGACUAGCAGGGAGAGGGAGGUCCUAGGAGGAAUGGCCACAGCUGGGGCUGUUAGGCUCUUCAUUUCAGCAUUCAGAGGGCUGUGGACUAGGGCUUGUUAAAAUCCUAUUGCAACACAGAGACAGCUUAACUAGCAUGAUUGUGUUUAUUCUUAGAAACUUCCAGGGCUGUGGAAGCCUAAGCCAAGAGUUCUGUAGAGUACUCUGCAAACACCACACACAUACUCCCUGUGUGAGGUUAACGGUGAAUACACCCCGCCUCUCCCCAGGACACUCACUUGCAGAAUACCUAGACUCUGAAUUAAGGCAGUUUGGCUCUAGGCACCUUGGUGCCUUUACGGGUGACAUCUAGCCUGGGACUUCUGGCCCCAAACAACAGAUCAUUUCUACCCUGCCUAGCUGGCCUGUUCCUACAGCUUUCCCCACAAAGGUAAUGCCUUCCACAUGGAGUCAACCAGUUCUGGAACAUCCUCUCCAGGAACAGAUGCAGGCAAAUACAUCAGUUUAAAGUAACAACCAUCUGGAGGGCCUUGGUCUUGGGGCCCUGCUACCACCUUCACCCACAGCUGCUGCUAAAUGCUCAGGCUAUUCUGUCCUAACCAAUUCCCCCACACAUAUGUGGCCCCACACUGGGCUUCCGGCUACCACCGCUGUCUCUUGACACCGCCCUGCGUCUGUGCCCUCUCUGCAUGUGCACUUCGGCACCUCUGCGGCAGCCAGGAAGGCCUCAAACAGUCUCGGUGGGUGGACGAGGCUCUGGGAUGAAGAUGCUCCCCUGUCUUCAAACGCCUGCAGGUGCUUGGCAUGUGAGGCACCUGUGUGGCACUGCAGAGACCCAUCCCGAACCCGCCUGCGUCCCCGGUUCCCAGACCCCAACCUGAGGUGCCUGUGCCCUCGGUCCCAACUCCCUCCUGCUGUGACGCUACCAGAUCAUACAAUGUUAACCACGGCUCCCUGGAUACCAUAUAUUCUUCUCAACUUUCUAUGCUUCCACAGAAGCACCAAGAUAAGGGCCAAUCAAGCACUGACAGACCACCCAAGUCAUCUGGCCAGGCCUUUCUAACUGACCUCCUCAGCCUUCCAAUCACCUCAUGCGGUAGAACCAGAGUCUGUGCCAUCCCUCAUUCCUCUAGGGGCCACAGGACAUCAAAAUAAAUCACCAGACUAGGCACUUCCCAUGUGGGGCCCACACCCCAAUCCUGACUACCAUGCGCCUUAGGCUGGGAACCACGUCCACUCUCCUUCAGUCCUCACCACCGCUCUAGGUGGGGUAAAAAAAAAAAAAAAA